CGAAAGCGGCGAAAAUCCCACUUGACAGGAUGCUGCGUCGAGCAGCGGGCCGCGCCGCCUUCUCGACGUACGGCAACAUCAACUUUAGCCCCAAGAAGCAACGCAGCAUUGCGAACGUCGUCAAGGUGUACCAUGACGUCCACGCCAUGGCGCCGUCGCAUGGCACUCUUCUCAUUCCGAACGAAGCGCCGUGGCCCGACGAGGCUCGCGGCAAGGACAUCAACCUUAGCCGCUUCCGGGCGCUGUACCACCAGAAUCGCCUCGAUCCAAGCGUCGUCGCCGACAUGGAUGCGCUGAGUUUUCCAUGGAGCGCUCGGCGCCACCACUGGGACGUGCGCUUUCGCGCCCUCGACGCCUUUCUUGCGUUGCAUGGGCCGAUCCCUGUCCCGUUUGACUUUGUCGUACCAAAGAACGCAGCGUGGCCGCGCGAGACGUGGGGCAUCGACCUCGGCCAAGCGUUUGGUCUCUUGCAGCGCGUCGGCUUUCCGUCGUAUGUCAAGGGCGACGAGAUGGCGCGGUUCGCACCAAUCCUAGCGCACCCGCGGACGCGACGUCCGCCAUUGACACCCGCGAUCCUCGUCGACGCCUGUCGCAUCUACUAUACCGAGUACGGCAACUUGGACGUACCCUUGAUGUAUAGGACGCCUGCCGAAGCGCCGUACCCGCCGUACGUGCAGUCGCUUGCGCUCGGGCGCCACCUCCAGGCGCUUCGGUACGACCCGUCGCCGCCGUUUGCAGUCCUCGAACCGCUCGUGCGCGAGAUGCACUUUUCGUACAUUGGUCCGCGCUGGGGUCUCCAGUUGCGGGCGAUCAAGGAAUUUGCUGCGAAUUUUGGCCAUCUCCUCGUGCCCCACUCGUUUGUGAUUCCGCCCAACGCGACGACGUGGUCGCCCGACCUCAUUGGCCUCCGCCUUGGGAACCUCGUCAAUACGCUUCGGACGACCCGGUCGUCGCUGAGCCAAGAGCAGAUCCAGGCACUGGAGGACGAAGGCUUUGUGUGGAGCGUGCUCGACUUUGUCUCGGCGCGCAAGCUCAGCGCGCUUACGGCGUUCAUUCGCGUCUUUGGCCACCCGCGCGUGCCUCAGCAGUUCGUCGUACCCGAAGACGAUAGCGCGUGGCCGGUUGAGGUCCGCGGUCUCCCGCUUGGCACGGUCGUCAAGGACUGGCGCCGACACAAGAAGACGAUGACCGACGACAUGGUCCAACGGCUCGAUGCACUCGGGUUUGUGUGGGACAUGGUUGCGUGGCGCCAAGAGCGCGUGCUCCACGCCCUCCAAACGUUCAAGGCACUGCAUGGCCACUUGCGCGUUCCGCCGCAGUUUGUCGUACCCACCAACGACGCGCGCUGGCCAGAGAGCACGUGGGAUCUGCACCUCACGAAUGCGCUCAUGAACACGCGCAAAGCCGAACGCGUCCGCGCGACGUGGCCACCGCACCGUAUCGCAGCGCUCGAAGCCCUCGGCAUCUUGACGCCUCUCGCCUCCACGUCGAGUGAUACCCAGAGACAGUUAACGUAAAGACACCGUCUUGAGCUAGUUGAAUGCACAGACGAGUUGCUGAGAGCGGUGCGCG